CUUUCUUUCUUUCUUUCUUUCUUUCUUUCUUUCUUUCUCUCUCUCUCUCUCUCUCUCACAGAGCUGUGCUGUUCCCAUCAUGCAUUGCUGAGUGGGUUUGGUCCAGACGAGCCAAGAUGGCCGAUUUUGAGGAGCAGCUUACCGACGAUGAGAAGGUGCGCAUAGCUGCCAAUUUUGUCUCCUAUGCACCGCCAGGAGAGUUUAACGAAGUCUUCAAUGAUGUGCGGUUACUGCUCAACAAUGACAAUCUUCUCAGGGAAGGGGCUGCUCAUGCAUUUGCCCGUUACAACAUGGAUCAGUUUACCCCUGCCAAGAUCGAAGGUCAUGACGAUCCGGUCCUGAUUACAGAGCACGGGGAUCUUGGCCAUGGGAGAUUCUUUGACCCAAGGAACAAACUUUCAUUCAAAUUCGACCAGUUGAGGAAAGAAGCCAGCGACCCCCAGCCCUAUGAGGCAGAGGCGGCUCUCAGACCCUGGAGGGAUGCCUGCGACAGCGCCCUGCGAGCGUACGUGAAGGAUCACUAUCCCAACGGAGCCUGCACUGUUUACGGUAAAACCAUUGACGGACAGCAAACCAUUAUUGCCUGUAUCGAGAGUCACCAGUUUCAACCCAAAAACUUUUGGAAUGGCCGCUGGAGAUCUGAGUGGAAAUUCAACAUCACCCAGUCUACUGCUCAGGUGGUGGGAGUCCUCAAGAUUCAGGUUCAUUACUAUGAAGAUGGUAAUGUCCAGCUGGUUAGCCAUAAGGAUGUACAGGAGUCCUUGACGAUUUCUUCUGAAUCUCCAACUGCAAAGGAGUUUGUUAAAAUUAUUGACAGUGCUGAAAACGAGUACCAGACUGCCAUCAGUGAGAACUAUCAGACCAUGUCAGACACCACGUUCAAAGCCUUACGCCGUCAACUGCCUGUCACCCGCACCAAGAUAGACUGGAACAAGAUCCUCAGCUACAAGAUCGGCAAAGAGAUGCAGAACGCUUAGUGGAGACGUGCAUGAGAUUGCUGCUCUGACAAACGUGUGCAAAGAAAAAAAGAAUUGAGGUGUGGUCUCACGAAAUGUGUGGUCUGACUUGAAACGAAAUCAAAGAAUAUUGGAAUCGGUUAGGGGGAGGGGAGAGGGCGGGGGGGAGGGGGGGGGUGUUCACAUCGCUAGGGCUGUUGGAAUCUUAUUCUGGUAAGCGCUGACAUCUUUAAGAAAUUAAGUAUACUAGGCCUACUUUUCAAACAGUCGGUGGCAUUUUCACUUUUCUGAAAUCCCAACACUGUGAGGGUUUAAUAUAAAAAAGCAUAGUUAUGCACAAUUAAUAAAUAAAUAUUUAUGUAUAUCCUAGCUGUGAAAGCCCAAACACACAGGCCUUGACCUUGUUUCCCCUACUCAAAUGGCACUCUAAGCAGUUAAACACAAGGUAAAGAUGAAUUGCUUUUCGUAGUGCAUUUAAAAGCUUCACCCCUGGUAUAGAAAUGGGUUUGCCGUACGCGGUCAUGUAUCAAAGCCACGGUCUUUUUCAAUAAAAGUUUAAAACCUCUUUUCCCAUCGUAAACGUUUCUGUGUCAUGUUACGUUCUUUUAAAAAGGCGGUUUGAUUAUGCAAUUGUUUCGGAUACAGUUUCUCUUUUAGUCUUAACACAGCGUUCCUCCUAAGGCUGCCCCAUGUUUUCCAGGGUGGGGGGGUGGGGGGGGGUAAACUUGCUGGGUGAAAAUCCAAUGUAAAUGAGAUUAAUAGUGCUUCCUCUAUGCAUAACACCCCCUUAUGUGAUAUGCAGCAUUAACUACCCCCUUCUCCUGUUACAGAUGUUAGCUGUUUUCUGCCCUAAACUAAUCGCUCUCUUGUUUAUAGAGCAAUUACAAUAAAAACAAUUAAUCCCAACUGAUGUUUUUGCUUUCCUUAGAUUAUUAUUUUUUUUUUGUAUUCAACUGUAUGAACAAAAAUAUGUAAUUCAAAAGGAAUAAAAGAUUUGCACCAAAUUUAAAAUGUUUAUUUUUUUUAUAUAGAGAGAUUAUUUCUUGUUUUCGGUUGUACAAUGGUGUAUUUUGAACACACAAUUCAUUUCUACAGCUAUGGUCCCUUAUCUUCGUAAAUCAUCUCUGUAAAUCUAGGAUGGUUGUAUGUGUGUUGAAUGCUUUAUCAAGCGGUUUUAGCGUCUGCAACGUGUAUUAUUGGGUUAGUUUUCUGAUUCACAUUAGUGAGACCAUACCUUUCUGAAUACUGUGCUUGGGCCAAAUGCAUUGAAAAGUCAAUACUGUGUCUGUGAAAAGCGACUCUUCCUUAUUAUUACAUCUGUUUUUGGAAUGAAAUCAUCUGUAUUAUAUUUCAUCAAUGUCAUCCAUUUAUAUCUCAUGGGUCCCAUUGUGUAAAAUCAUUUCAAUGGACAAUACACUGCGAGUUAUUCUAUUCUU